UAUCAGAUCGUGUGAUUGAGAACCAUGAUCUCGACGCCAGCACAGUUUUUGAGCAAGAAAUGGCUGGAUUUGAUGCUCAUCCUGCACAGUUGCUGCGUGAAGAUCUGGAUGUUGAUGAAAUUGAUGGUGCACGGACUGAACAAGUAGUUAUGCUGGAGAAGAUGGGUGUUUCAGAUCCCGAGAGUGACAAAAUUAGUGGGCAUACAUUCACUGCAGCUGCCCUCCAUAAUUUGUUCUUGUGUUCCACCUCUCAGCUGGAUCUUAUUGUUCACAGAGGAUCUCAAGCAAUUACUGAAUACCAUAAUCCAGAUCUGCUGGUAGGUAUGUAUCCCACUCUGUUUCCCUGUGGCAUCAGCGGCUUUGAAGAUCCAUAGAGGCCCACUGCUCUCUCGUUUGAAGUGCAAGCACAUUACUACUUAACCCUGGUUGACUGGUCAUUCCAUUACCAUCAUUUGUACCUGUUCAUAGCCUUGAACAUGAUUCAACACCGAGCUGCCCAUUUGCAGACCUUCUUCAUGAUGACCUCGCAUUCCAGUUGGAACAGG